CAGUUCUUCUGCUCGCGAUCCGUGAUCGCAUCCCGCGCUUGUGUGAGAAUAUGAACUUAAUUUUUCUCUCCUGUGAUCAGAAACCGUGAGGACUAAUGGGGAUUGUUUCACUCUGCCUUGUCUUUAACUUCUGGCUUAGCACUGUCGGAGGGACGUGUUCUCAAUUCAGCGCUCUCUCCUGUGACGAGUGUCUGCAGCUGGGGCCGAAGUGCGCCUGGUGCACACUACAGAACUUCACUGACUUUUUCUCAAUCGAUGAGAGAUGCGACACACCGGAGACUCUUCUUCAGAAGGGAUGCUUGGCCGAGUUUGUGGAGUUCCCCAUCCAGAAUGUCAAGGUGCUGAAGGCCCAAGGGUUAGGAAAGAGUGCUGGCCACAUCAAUGUUUCAUACAUAGCGCCACAGAAGAUGCGCCUCCAGCUUAGACCAGGAAGUCAGCUGAGCUUUCAGAUUCAAGUGGAGCAACCACAGGACCAUCCUGUGGACAUUUAUUAUCUGAUGGACCUGUCAGGCUCUAUGGUUGAUGAUCUGAAAAUGAUCAAAGACUUGGGCUCAACUCUCUCAAAAGAGAUGGCUAGUCUUACCAGCAAAUUCAGACUAGGAUUUGGCUCCUUUGUGGAGAAACCUGUCCUGCCUUACAUCAAGAUAACAGCUGAGGAACUUGCCAAUCCCUGCAGGAGUGUUGAUUUUGAAUGUCUGCCCACAUUUGGAUACAGACAUCUGCUUUCAUUAACCAGCAGUACAGACAAAUUUAAUGAGAUAAUCUCAAAACAGCGAGUGUCAGCCAACAUUGACGUGCCAGAGGGUGGUUUUGAUGCCAUCAUGCAGGCAGCAGUGUGUGGGGACAGAAUUGGUUGGCGGAACGAUUCCAUGAAGUUGCUGGUAUUCGUGAGCGAUGCAGACUCCCAUUUUGGGAUGGACAGCAAAAUGUCUGGCAUUGUUGUUCCUAAUGAUGGGGAGUGUCACCUGGACAGCAAUAAUGAGUAUUCCAUGACUGCCCACUUGGAGUAUCCAACAUUAGGGCAGCUCAUAGAGAAGCUGGUUGAAAACAAUAUCCUCCUCAUAUUUGCUGUGACUGAAAACCAGAGACAGAACUAUGAGAAUUAUGCAAGUCUGAUUCCUGGAGCUACUGUGGGGGUGUUGGAGACGGAUUCAAGGAACAUUCUGGAACUUAUCAUGACUGCAUAUAAGGAACUGAGAUCAGAGAUUGAUCUAGAGGUUCUGGGUGACACAGAGGGUCUGCAGAUUUCCUUCACAGCACUCUGUCAGGACGGGACCAUCCUCCCCAGGCAUAAAAACUGCUCCAAUGUCAAAGCUGGUGAUGUGGUAUCCUUUAACGUUACAGUCGAGUUAAGCGGCUGCCUUGCCGGUCCACAGCGGUUUUCUUUGCGGCCGGUGGGCUUCCAAGAUGCCCUGGAGAUUGAGCUGGAGUCUCAGUGUGUGUGUGACUGCCAUCAAAUCCCCGAACCAAACAGCACUCACUGCAGCCAUGGAGCGCUUGUGUGUGGAGCCUGUGUGUGUAAUCCAGGUUUUGUGGGGCCGAAGUGUGAGUGCACAGAGGACCAAGAACAAAUCAGUGACUGCAGAGCACAUGAAGGUGCUGAGAUGUGCAGUGGCCAGGGCGAGUGUUUCUGUGGACAGUGUGUGUGUCACCCGUCCAGUUUUGGACAUGUGUAUGGACCGAACUGUGAGUGCAACGACUUUUCGUGCCUCAGAUUCAGAGGACAGCUUUGUGGAGGUCACGGGGAAUGUGACUGUGGGGAGUGUGUGUGUCACACCGGUUGGAUGGGGGAGUUUUGUAACUGUAGCACCAGCAGCAACUCAUGCAUGUCUGUGGAUGGAUCCAUCUGCAGUGGACGGGGCAAAUGUGUCUGUGGAAAGUGUGAGUGUACCGUUCCCGGAGCCUCGGGAGAACGCUGUGAAAGGUGCACUACCUGUGGAGAUGUGUGUAGUUUACCCAGGUCUUGUGUGGAGUGUUACCUCAAAGCUAAGGAUCUAUCAGAUGAGUGUUCCUUAAAAUGUAACUCUCUUCAUGCUACUGUCAGCAAUUCCACAGACUUUGAGGAGAGCCGGGCGGCACUGUGCACAUUGCAGAGUGAGGAUAGCUGCCUGCUGUCUUUCAGCCUGGUGGACAGCGAUCAUGGCAGCACCAUCUACAACCCCAAAAUUUAUGACUGUCCCAAGCCUCCAAACGCACCACUGAUCGCUCUGGGUGUGUGCAUGUCUGUCCUAAUCAUUGGCAUUGUGCUCUUGGUGAUUUGGAAGUUUCUUGUUUCUGUCCAUGACAGGAAAGAGGUUGCCAAGUUUGAGUCAGAAAAGGCGAGAGCAAAAUGGCAAUCGGGCACAAAUCCUCUUUUCAGGAGCUCGACAUCAACAUUUAAAAAUGUGACUUACAAAAGUGCAGGGCAGCAGAAAGUUGAUGUUUCUUAGGACUACUGACCAAAAGUUAAAAACACAGAACACAAAUUUCUUUUUACCAAGAGCUAUUACUGUUUUGUUUUUAUUUUAAUUUAAUUUGUUGUACUGUAUAAGUGAGACAUUGUGUGUAUUUGUUUGCGUUUCCAUAGCGGGGACAUCCGGGAGGAUCCUUAAUUGGGAAAAUGAAUCGUACAUUAUAGACAUUAUAAUUAGCUUCAUAUAUAUAUAUAUAUAUAUAUAUAUAUAUAUAUAUAUAUAUAUAUAUAUACAGUU